AUGGUCAAGCCAUUGAGCUUCAAGGGCGACAAGAAACCCAAGAAGCGGAAGCGCGCUGCCGACGCGGACAGAGACAACGCAGAGGCCGGUCCUUCGCAGGUCCAAAAAGUCAACAAUGACGAAACCACCGAUGAUGAUAGCUGGGUGUCCGCAGAUGUAGCCACCGACGUGGUCGGCCCAGUUAUGAUUGUGUUGCCGACCGACAAACCAUCCGCUUUGGCAUGUGAUCCCAACGGCAAGGUGUUUGCCAUGCCGAUUGAGAACAUUGUCGAUGGAAAUCCGACGAGCGCAGAGCCCCACGACGUGAGAAUGGUCUGGGUCGCGAACAAGAUAUCCGGCACCGAUAACUUUCGCUUCAAAAGCUCCCAUGGACGAUACCUGGCAUGCGACAAAAUUGGCGCCCUAUCCGCCACAUCAGAAGCCAUAUCCCCCCUCGAAUGCUUCAACGUCAUCCCCACGGCCGACACACCCGGCACGUUCCAACUACAAACCCUACGCGACACUUUCAUCACAACCAAGCCCAACACGUCGUCGAAAUCGACGGCGCCCGCAGAAUUACGCGGCGACGAGGACAAAAUCACGUUUAACACCACGAUGCGGAUACGCAUGCAGGCGCGGUUUAAGCCCAAGUUGAAGGCGUCGAAGGAGGAGAAGGCGUUGUCGAAGAUUAGUAGGCGGGAGUUGGAGGACGCUGUGGGGAGGAGGCUCGAUGAGGAUGAGGUCAAGGUUUUGAAGAGGGCGAGGAGGGAGGGGGAUUAUCAUGAGCGGUUGUUGGAUUUGAAGGUGAAGAAUCGGCAUGACAAGUUCGGCUGA